AUGGACCUUGUUGAAGGGGGUGCUAUAGGAGUACCAUUUUCUGCGCUUUAUGACGUCAUUAAGGAAGUGGUGGUCAAGACUAAGAUGUUUAAACCUCUCCUCGUGGAUCUUCGUUCGACGAUAGAAACUUUGAAACCACUGAUCGAGGAGAUGGAAAAGAGCAAUAAGGUGUUGGAUCAUCCAGAGAAUGAACUUAGAGGAUUUAAAGUACACAUGCAAAAGGGCGCACGGCUGAUUCACAAUUGCUCUGAGGUUAGGUGGUGGAAUAUUUGCAAAACUAUUAAAUACACUAACCAACUUCAUGGAUUAAAGAGCUCCCUUGGGAGUUUGUAUGAUAUACUGAAAGUGCAAGAAGCAAGGGAUGUGAAAAAUAUAGAGACAGUGAUACAUCGGAUUUUGGACAUUUUGGUACACAAUAAGAACCCGGUCCAUGGUUGGUGUGCAGUACCUGUAGGUGCAACAUUUACAGUUGGAAUGGAAAUGCCUUUGAGGGUAUUGAAGACCAAGCUUCUUAAAGAUGAGACGGUAACAAUGCUUGUGCUCACUGCUGCAGGAGGAUGUGGGAAAACCACUUUAGCAAUUGAGUUUUGUGAAGAUUCCGAAGUCAAAGACAAAUUUAAGGACAAUAUCUUCUUUGUCACCGUCUCAAAGAAGUCCGAUGAGCUUGUAGUACGAGAACUAUAUCUCAGCAAAGGUUCUGAAAUACCUACUUUGCCCAACGGACUUGAUGUGGGUAAGUGGCUAAAGAGUUUCCUGACGGCAGUAGGAGAGAAUCCUGUACUUUUUGUCCUGGAUGAUGUUUGGUCUGGAUCGGUAUCCCUUCUUCAGAAUUUUGUUGAUAUCAAAUUGCCAAAUUCCAAGAUUUUGGUGACAUCAAGAUUUAGAUUUCCAUUUGGUUAUCGACAUAGUCUAGAUGCGUUGAAGGUUGAAGAUGCAACAACUCUUUUCAAACAUGCAGCAUUCCUGGGAGAUAGGAGUGAUGACAUUCCUGAAGAUAUUGUGAGAGAGAUAGUAAAGCAUUACAAAAGUUCUCCACUUGCCAUUACAGUGGUUGGACGAUCUCUUUGUCAAAAAUCGGUAGAGUGUUGGCUGAGUACAGCAUCUUCACUAAAAGGUGCUUCUAUUCUUGAUUCUGAGACUUCUUUGCUACAUGGCCUUCAGAGUUGUUUAGAUGCCUUAAAUGAAGAAGGUGAUAGCUUGAGGGAAUGCUUCUUAGACCUCGGUUCAUUUCCUGAAGACCAAACAAUCCCUGCCGCUGCUCUCAUUGAUAUGUGGGCGGAGUUAUAUCAGCUAAAAGAUUUUGAGUCCAUUAACAAUCUCCACAAGCUCGUUGAUCGAAGUCUGGCUAAUCUUCGAAUUACAAGAAAGGAGAAGAUGCAGGCAGAUGGGUACUACACUGACCACUUUGUUACUCAGCAUGAUUUGCUUAGACAGUUGGCUAUCUACCAGCCAAAGCUAGACCCGGAUUAUAAAAGACGGAUCAUAGACAAAUGGGGAGACAAUCUACCCAAAUGCUACACAGAACAAAAACCCAUCAAGGCCCGCCUAUUAUCUAUCUCCUCUGAUGGAGUGUUCUCGACAGAUUUGCACAACAUUGAAUUGGCAGCGGUUGAAGUUCUAGUUUUGAAUUUUAACACACAGAACUAUGCUUUACCAGAAUUUGUGGUCAAGAUGGACGAACUGAAGGUUUUAAUAGUCACAAAUAAUGGUAUCAUACCUGCUGAAUUGUGUAACAUUCAACUGCUGGGUUCUUCAACAAAUCUGAAGAAAAUCAGAUUAGAGCGCAUUUCAAUUUCUUCCAUAACCAAGAAUCUAAUAGAGUUGAAGAGUGUGACGAAGAUAUCUCUAUUCAUGUGCAAGGUUGGUCAAGCUUUCAGCAAUUGUUCCCUUCAAAUCUCAGCUGCAUUGCCAUGUUUACAGGAAAUGAACAUUGACUACUGUAAUGAUUUGGUGGAGUUGCCUGCCGUGCUUUGUGCUCUGGUUAACCUAAAGAUGCUCAGUAUCACCAACUCGCAUAAGCUAUCUGCCUUGCCGGAAGAGAUUGGAAAUCUGGACAAUUUAGAAAUAUUGAGGCUAAGGUCUUGUACAGACUUGACAAUGUUGCCAAACUCAAGUACGAACCUAAAGAAGCUAAAGUUUCUUGACAUGGCUGAUUGCUUCAGCAUUCGGGAAUUGCCUGAAGACUUUGGUGGACUGAGCAGUUUAGAAAACAUCAACAUGAGAAUGUGUUCGAGAUUGAGAGAACUGCCUCCAUCAGUUAUGGAUCUUGAGAAGUUACAGAAAGUGGUAUGUGAUGCAGACACAAUCAAUCUAUGGGAACCCUUCUUACCCCAUCUCCCAAACCUCCGUAUGAAGCUGGUCGAUGAAAACGUCAACUUGGAUUGGCUACUUAAAUAA